AUGACCCUCACAUCUUGGCUCUUACUGGGAGGUCUUGUCCAGGGUCUGCUGCUGCUGACUCUAGGCCCCAUGGCCCUCAUCCCCACGGUGUUGGUCCUCCUCUACCGCACGGUGGACCAUAUCCUCAUGGCCUACAACAUCACCCCGAAUCGAUACCUGAACGGCGUCAUCAACGCCAGAUACAGCGCCCAGACGCCGAACGCAGACGGCACGUUCGGGCUCGACCCGGCCGCCCAGUCGAUCGUGGUCUUCCACCUGGGCGCACGUUCAAACCACCCCUUUGGCCCGCUUGCGCCAGGAAUGAGGGAUCUUAGUCGGCGGGCAAUAGCGAUGAACAAGGCAAUGGCGGCCGACCCCGUGAAGUACGGGCUCCUCGGGCUCUCGCACUAUAUCAAGCAGGAGUCUGUCGCAGGCAAUGAUACCAUGACCGUUUACUAUCUCCGUGAUUAUGAGGCAUUGCAUCGCUUUGCGCAUGACGAGCUACAUAUGGAAGGCGUGCGGUGGUACGCGAAAUACGCCAAGCAGUAUCCGCAUAUCGCCAUUUUCCAUGAGACUUACUUGGUUCCCAAGGGCCAGUGGGAGAAUAUCUACGCUAAUAGCAAGCCGACCGGCAUGGGUGAUACUUGGUUUCCGGUUAUGGGGAAGGACGACGCUGGGUCGGUCACGCAGUUCGUGCGGCCUAUUGUUGAUAUUCACAGUGGCCCGCUGCGUUCGGCGUCUAGGCGAUUGAACAUGCCGCGGUUCUAUGAGCAGGAAGAUGAUGAUGAUAAGUAUGAGUAUGAGUAA